GGGCAGGUAUUUAUCCAGAAUGGUCGAGGGUCUCCUGCUUCAGCAGGGGGUUGGACUAGAAGGCCUCCAAGGUCCCUUCCAACUCUGUUAUUCUGUUAAACGUGUUCUUGCUUGGGAAUGGUUGUUAAGGCAGCUAAUAUCAAGAGACUUAGCUCGGGGGGAGGAUCGUACCAUCGAUGAUCAUGUCCCUCCCUGGAAAAUGAGAUGCCCAGAGGAAAAGCCCUCGGGUUCCCUGCUUCCCCAGGCCAGGUUGCUUAGCAUCACUUGGGUACCAGCAAGCGAGCGAAGACACAGCAGGAAGUUUCCUUUUGCCUGCCAAGGCACCUCUGUCACUCGUUCAAACCCUGCAGAAUCUCCCCGUAACUCAUAAAGAAGAAUUAUGAGUUCCGAGGCAGCCGAAUUGGAGCUGCAUUUGGUCCAAGAUGUCCAGCUGACCGAGGUGAUGAGGAUUCGAGUGACGACCCUCCGGCAGAAGAACGAGAAGGCUCAAGACGGCGAGAAGCUCCUUCAAGCCAACGAAUUCAUCUUCCGCCUGGAUUUCUCCCGUCAACACGGCCUCCGUUUCCUGAACUGGAAAGUCGUCCUGGACCAGCCGGGUAAGGCCACCAUUAUCGGGACCUCUCAACACUGGACGCCGGAUUUGACCAACCUCAUGAGAAGGCAGCUCUUGGAUCCGGUGGGCGUGUUUUGGAAGAAGCCGGACGCGCCCGACGUGGUACAUUGCAACGAAGCCGAUGCCCUGGAGUUUGGAGAAAGAUUGGCGGAGCUAGCCAAAAUCCGGAAAGUGAUGUAUUUCUUGGUGGCCUUCAGCGACGGUCUCGAGCCAGCUCACCUGAAAUGCUCCGUCAUAUUCAAAGUCUGAAUUCUGGUCCCACUACGUCUCCUCGAUGGCUUUUCCGCCCCCCUCAAAUAAUCUUCUUUUUGUUUUGGGCUCUGCAGCUCCAACCGUGACUUUAGUUUUGAAACCAGAUGCACUUUUGAAAUGCAGAAUUGACGUUGACCUUCCUCGACCUUCAGCCUGACCUUAGAUCCGGGUCUAAGGAGGACUUAAGAAAUACCACCUUCCCUUCGCUAGGCUGGGAAA